CGCCGACUUCGAUCGCAUCUACAGCGGGGUGGUGAGCCUCAGCACCGAGAACAUCUACUCCUUCAACUACACCAGCCAGCCCGGCCAGGUGAACGCUGUGCGGGUGUAUGUGAACAGCUCCUCAGAGAACCUCGACUACCCGGUCCUGGUCGUGGUUCGCCAGCAGAAACGGGUGCUGUCCUGGCAGGUUCCUCUGCUUUUCCAAGGACUAUACCAGAGGAGCUACAACUACCAGGAAGUGAGCCGCACCUUGUGUCCCUCGGAAGCAACCAAUGAGACAGGACCUCUGGAGCAACUGAUCUUUGUGGAUGUAGCAUCCAUGGCGCCCCUGGGUGCCCACUACAAACUGCUGGUUACCAGGAUCAAGCACUUCCAGCUGCAGACAAAUGUUGCCUUUCACUUCACUGCCAGCCCCUCUCAACCUCAGUAUUUUCUAUACAAAUUUCCUGAAGAUGUGGAUUCAGUUAUCAUUAAAGUCAUGUCUGAAGUGGCUUAUCCAUGUUCCGUUGUCUCAGUCCAGAAUAUCAUGUGCCCGGUGUACGAUCUCGACCACAAUGUGGAAUUUAAUGGUAUCUAUCAGUCCAUGACCAAGAAAGCUGCCAUCACACUACAGAAGAAGGAUUUUCCAGGCGGGCAGUUCUUUGUGGUGUUUGUGAUAAAGCCUGAAGAUUAUGCUUGUGGAGGAUCUUUCUUCACCCAGGAAAAGGAGAACCAGACCUGGAAUCUACAACGUGCAAAGAACCUUAAAGUGACCAUCGUUCCUUCCAUUAAAAAAUCCGUUUAUGUGAAAUCCAUUCUUCUCAGUUUCCUCAUCUUCCUCUCCUUCUACUUGGGAUGCCUGUGUGUUGCGUUGGUUCAUUUUAUCAGGUUUCAGAGAAAAUCCAUUGAUGGAAGUUUUGGUUCCAAUGAUGGCUCUGGAAAUAUGUCAGCGUCACAUCCCAUUGCUGCCAGCACCCCUGAAGGAAGCAAUUAUGGGGCAAUAGAUGAGUCCAGCUCCAGUCCGGGCAGGCAGGCAUCCUCCUCCGACGGCGGGCAGCCGUGCCAGUCGGACUCCGACAGCUCCGUGGAGGAGAGUGACUUCGACACCAUGCCAGACAUUGAGAGUGACAAGAACGUCAUCCGGACUAAGACGUUUCUUUACCUGUCAGAUCUGUCCAGGAAGGACCGGAGAAUUAUCAGCAAGAAAUAUAAGAUUUAUUUUUGGAACAUCAUUACCAUCGCUGUGUUUUAUGCACUGCCCGUGAUCCAGCUUGUCAUCACCUACCAGACAGUGGUAAAUAUCACCGGCAACCAGGACAUCUGCUACUACAACUUCCUCUGUGCUCACCCCUUGGGCGUCCUGAGUGCCUUCAACAACAUCCUCAGCAACCUGGGCCACGUGCUCCUGGGCUUGCUCUUCCUGCUGAUAGUCUUACGCCAGGACAUUCUCCAUCGAAGAGCCUUGGAAGCCAAGGACAUCUUCGCCAUGGAGUAUGGGAUUCCCAAACACUUUGGUCUCUUCUAUGCUAUGGGGAUCGCACUGAUGAUGGAAGGAGUGCUCAGUGCUUGUUACCACGUCUGCCCUAAUUACUCCAACUUCCAAUUCGACACCUCCUUCAUGUACAUGAUCGCCGGCCUGUGCAUGCUUAAGCUCUACCAGACGCGCCACCCGGACAUCAACGCCAGCGCCUACGCCGCCUACGCCUCCUUCGCGGUGGUCAUCACGCUCACCGUCCUCGGAGUGGUGUUUGGGAAAAAUGACAUCUGGUUCUGGAUCAUCUUCUCUGCAAUCCAUAUUCUGGCUUCUCUGGCCCUCAGCACCCAGAUCUACUACAUGGGUCGUUUCAAGAUAGAUUUGGGGAUCUUCCGGCGCGCCGCUAUGGUGUUCUACACGGACUGCCUCCAGCAGUGCAGCCGGCCUCUGUACACGGACAGAAUGGUGUUGCUCGUCGUGGGCAAUCUGGUUAACUGGUCCUUUGCCCUCUUCGGACUGAUCUAUCGACCGAGGGACUUUGCUUCCUACAUGCUGGGCAUCUUCAUCUGUAACCUGCUGCUCUACCUGGCCUUCUACAUCAUCAUGAAGCUUCGCAGCUCCGAGAAGGUCCUCCCAAUCCCACUCUUCUGCAUCGUGGCCACCGCCGUGGUGUGGGCUGCCGCCCUGUAUUUUUUCUUCCAGAAUCUCAGCAGCUGGGAGGGAACCCCAGCCGAAUCCCGGGAGAAGAACCGCGAGUGUAUCCUGCUGGAUUUCUUUGACGACCAUGACAUCUGGCACUUCCUCUCUGCGACUGCCCUGUUUUUCUCAUUCUUGGUUUUGUUAACCCUGGAUGAUGACCUGGAUGUGGUUCGGAGAGACCAGAUCCCUGUCUUUUAAGCAUCCAGCAUUAAGAGCAGGGAGUGGGAGUGAUCGAUCUUGGUGCUGUUUCAUGAAAAAUACAGGGACUGCAGCAAAGUAACCACUGCCAAAUGCUCCGCGGGUCCUCUGUCGGUCAGCUCUGUACACAUUCACACAGAGAGGAGAAAUGCUACAGGGCGACCCAAACCAGCAAGAAGGGAGGCAGAAGGGAAGCCAUGGCUGUGGGUAGACGCAAGCCCUGCAGAGCCGAGACAUUCACCACCCCUUGCAUCACGACUCAGACAUGGACAAAAGCUGCAUCAAAGUCGGCGCUCUGUCCUGGGACUCCUCCCACCCUCACCUGAGACUUGCAGCCACAGGGGAAUCAUGCUGCUCUCUUGUCUCCAGCUGCCUCCCUGCCCAGAAAGGCCAGUACCUCCAAUUUCCUGCCCAGAAACUCAGGGCCGGCCCCCUGGGCCGGCACCUCUGUAACAUCUGCUGCUCUAGACGUCCCAGAACACAAGCCCGCUUCUCCAAGGUCCUGGGAUGAUGGGACUCCUUGCAGUCUGGUAGAGGGCGGACCCAAGGCCCUACCCACCUGGGAUAGACGAUAGCACAGCCCUUCACCUCUUCAGCAGGAGUCAGGAGUGCUGUAUGCAUCCCUCUGGUUCCCAACCACAUGAGGACUGACUCCAGGGCCAUGCUGCACACUCCUGGCGGGUAACUGUCUCCGGGACCAAGGCGUGGGCACUUCCCUGUUCCUUGGUGUCUUCAUGUCACCGUUGUGUGCUGACCCCAUGACUCAGGCUCUGCCUUCUUAAGAAGGCCCUAUUAGUCCACCAACGAGCUCUACAGGGAAGGAGAAACCAGAAACCCCUUCCAGCAACAGGAGGAACAAGAGAAAUGACCAAUAGCACUAAGAGACUGGUGACAUUAGCAGCAAGCAAACAGGCCUCACCCUAAGGCCGGGGCUUCUGGAGCAGAUGCAGCGAAGGCAGCAGCAUUUCCUCGUGCCUCCAAUCCAAACAGCUCAUUCUGUGCCCGCAUCACCCUUGCGGAAGGAAUAAGUGUUCUAACCAGGGGAACCGCACUAGGGCUCCUGUACCACCGGCCAAGCCCCCCUCUCUGCUGUUUUAUGCAGAUGGGGGGCUCCAGACUGGCUCCGAAGUUCUCUCUGGAAGUCACUCUCAGGGGGAAUGCAUUCCACCCUCCUCUCCAUUUGCAAAGAACAUGGCUGAUUUAGGGUUGUCUCUUUGUUGCAACUGAUUCGCAUCCUCUCCCUAGUACAUGUGAAAAAGCUCAGCAUCCCACUCCACUCUGUCUGCCCCCAGGAAGUCCUAUUUUGACCAGAUUCCCUUGUUACCUACAGGGUGAUGUCAUCAGAAAAUUGACGUACAAAUGUGCACACAUGAUAUAUUUGCCUGUGAAAUUGAAGUCCCCUGUCACUUCUCCUUUCCUGACCCUGCACUAGAGAAACCUAUCAGCCACUCUUUUAAAAUAUAUUAGUCUUUCCCUAAAAUAUUUGCAUAAUGUUCAAAAACACUUUUUGGAAGGCUGAAUAGCAAACUUGCCCUGAUUUUUAAAAACAAAGAUAUUUUCAAUGAAACAUCGUGUGAUUUUUUUUCCCAGAAUGCCCCCAAAUUUGUAAUUGGUCUUCUGUUACUCUUCAUUCCUUAAAAAUUGCUGGCUUGCAUAGGCCAUAUAAAGGCCACCUAUUAAAUGGUUCCAUUAGUCUAACAUCUAACACAAAUUUCGAACCUGUUUAACUUUCGCUGAUUUGACCUAACUCAUUUAUUUUUAGAUAAUAAUAAAUUUUAAAUUUAAUUAAAAGUUUCAAAUCAAAAAAAAAAGGAAGAGGAAAUCUGAACAACAAAAUCUGUGCAAGUAGCCCUGUGCCUGAAGUAAACACAUUGUAGGACAUGCUACCUGUUUGGUAACUUGUUUGGGAAAUAUGUCCAUAGAAAUGGGGAGGGGACCCUGUAGAAAUGGAUGGAUUGUGCUGUUGUAUUUUUUUUCUGGAUGUUUUUCGACAAUGUCUUGUUCUAUAAACUCACACAUUGUGGUCAGCUUUGUUCUCAGCAGCAGGACUAAAAACCCAACCCUGCUCUUAUAAACAUCAGUUCUAAAUGUACGUGUUGCAAGUUCUUUCUGCAACGCCGACUCCAGGUUGGAGGACACAAGGAAGCCGUUCAGCUGCAUCUGUGGGGCUGACAGGACCACGGGUGGAGGGGCAGCCAGAGUUACUCCUGGUCCCUCAUCCACAUGCAGUGCAGGCCACAUGCAGUGCAAAUUCUGUCUGUGCUCCUGGCUUCGCUCUCCAAAAGAGAAGGGAAGGAAACUGAAAGCCAAGUGCAGCAAGAGGGUAACCGGAGAAAGACAGCCACUGUGAAGAGGCUCUUGGCAAAGAGGCACCGAGUAACAAGAGCAGUCCAGCUGGCAGACAGAGACGUGGUGGACAGAGGGGCAAAACGGUGCACAUUAAAAAAAAAAAA